CUCUUGUCCACCGACCCCGCUUUUCCCCUCAGCUGCUGUUGAACAUAUUUCGCUGAAGUUUACCUUGAUAGAAACCACAGAGAAAGAUGCUUGUCUCGUCUUACGCAGCACCUAUGAGCCAAACCCUAAAGGAUCGACCUCGAGGUCAUGUGAAGAAGUCGCCGGAAAUUGGCGAAUGCUGUCCCUAGGUCCAAGGCUAGGCAUUGCACAGGGAGCUGCGCCGGGAUAUGACUCACAACUCAGUUAGAAGGGGGCACAAUCGCUUGCACUUGUAACCUUCUUACGCUCAUGCAACCCGCUGCCGAAUGUAUCGAUAUCGGAGAGUCAACUGUAGAGGAUCGAUUGUCGCCUCGGACUUAAUUUUGGCGUUUUUGUUCGCCAGACGUACAUGGGCAUGGCCAGGCGACCAAAUUGAAAAACGGCUAACCGUAACCCAGCUGUAAAAGCAUAGGACGCAAUACCAUUCGUAGAAUAAAAACAUGACAGCUUUAUGGAAUCGAUACCAGACGUCAAGAGGGCUCUAAUUCCAAUCGGUGUCGAUCCUAUUGAGGCUUUCAGCGCCAUAAAUAUAGCGUUUCCUUGCCUGUGCAUCUUUGGGGUCGAUUACUCAACGAUCAUCAUACGAUCUCAGGCUAAAUAUAUCGUCUUAUGCCCACAUUUUGGACACCUCUGUAAGUUGGGAGCGGCUACGAGCGAAGGCACCGGAUUUCGCAUCACAGGUUGUCCAACCUAAGAAGGGACGGGCCUUGACGAGAUAUGGCUCUCUUGUACUACGUUCUCGGAAUAGCGGAGGUGGCCCUGUUGAUCAUGGCUAUAUCGUCUGGAAUCGUCGUGUCGGUUCUUGUUGGCCGGCAGACUGAAUCCUUCCAAGGGGACUGCCCGCUGGCCGGACAAGUUAUCUGGACUUCUCAGACCAAUUUCGAGCUGGGCGCCAGCGAUGGCCUUCGCUGCAUGUACAUCGUCGGCAUUCAAGCCGUCGCCGCUGCUGUAGCCUUCGUUUAUGUCCUGUACAGAGUCAUCUCGCUGUGCUGUGGCCGAUUUGACUUCUCCAUUAUGCGAAUCAUCUGUGUCCCCCUCUACAGCAUCAUGGCCAUCCUGAUCCUGGGAGAGGCCGCCGUCGUGUCCCACGGGCUCAACGCGCUCUGCGACGGCUUCCGCUCCCUGCAAGUUGUGACCGCCAACUAUGACUGUGAGCUGUUUCAACAGGUCAACUGGCACAUUUACGAUGGAUCCGGUUUCUAUGAGGACUUCUCAAAAGCAGAGAAAUCUGGUUGGGUGUCGUUUCUCGCCUGGGUAUCUUUGGUCGCUGUGGGUGUGCUGCACUGUGUAGCUGAAAGACCCGAAAGCGGAUUUACUCCACCAAACAAUGCAAAAUAAAGUCCCAAGAACAGGGAAUUAAAGGACAAGGUCAAAAGUAAAUUUCCAUUCUUUUCUAUUAACACCAUUUUUGUCUGUUACCCAGGAGAAUUUCUUUCCUAUAAAAAAGUGGCUUGAAUUACGAGUCGCGAUAUAUGCAGUGUAAAAUACUUUUGGAGGACCGUACGAUCGUAUUACUGACUGGCACAUCGCCUACUAGUAAAAUUGUUUCAGGAAAGAGCUUUCUUUACCUGUGAAUUAUUUGGACUGUAGAAAUUACGAAUCCUAAAAUGGCUUUUAAAAUACGGGUGGUUCAAAAUAGUGCGCCACCAGGAGGUUGAAACACGUUGGCCAAUCAUCACGCGUGCAAUUUGUCGACUUUUUCUAAACGCACAUUGGGUCGAUAAAUUUUGGUCAUUGUGAUUGGCCAACGCGUUGCAGACUCUUGGUGGCGCACUUUUGUGAAACGGCCGUAUUGCUGACAGCUAAAGUGCGUGGAUUCGAGUCUUAAAGCGGAGGGACAAGGAUCAUGAAAUUCAUUCUGUCUCAAACACUGCGUCGAUAUUUUAGCAAUUAUGAUUUUUUUUUCGAAUGAUCUUAUAAAACAACCUGAAAGCCACUGAAUCCAGAGAUCAGUUCGAUUCAGAAGAGCGAGCUUGAAUUCGACAUAUCUGGUGUCAAAACGCACUUUGUCCACACGUUAUUGGCCGAGUUUACACCAUUUAGCAAGCACAAAAACACUUAUCGGCAUUUUCAAGGCUGGGUACAGGAGCCCGCCUCAUAGCAUAAAUUCUGUUGGUUGGUACAACAAAUUUCAUAGCAAUAACCAGCAACACAACGUUCAGUUCAAAUCUCUAAUAAGCUUAUUUAAAAUUCACCAGGCCUUGGGCUAACUUCCCUCCUGUAAUUACACAGACUGCACUGUAGUGUGCAAUAAGCACUUUCAACGUAUAAUUAUCCACAAAGAAGUUGGCACAUUUCUUGCUUCACCAGUGCAGCCUAUACAGGGAUAUUCUUGACAAGGUAUGCAAGAUACAAAGCAACUCUAUUGGAAAAGUAUUUCAACAAUUCACCCGCACUUCAAGCAAAAUAGCAUUGAUAAUCAUGCAUUCGUCUAUUGGUUUUGGGGGUAAAGGGGAAACUUUACUGUUGGAUGCUAUACUUGUACGAAACGAUGUAUGUAAUCCAGAAAAUAGGCCAUAAGUGUAUCAUCAUAAAUUGUCAGGUAUAGAACAUUUUAUUUGGCAAUUUAAGAAGUAUUUUUUCCACACAAAUAAAAGUUACUGUAGCGGAAUAACAAGACGAGUAAGGUAUUGUGCAUGGCAUAAUUAUCGUUUUUAAUAUGUGGAACGAUUUAAUCUGUAUAACGGGCACUUCCAACAUGCCCACAAAUAAAAAUUAUUUCAUGAUGUAAAACUGGUA